AUGUCCGUAGAGUUUGGCGUAUGGUCGGUGCCAGAUAUCGGUAAAAGACCUUCACCAGAGAGCUACUGCAGCGCCCUCAGUCCUCAGGGCCCAGGCUCCUGCAGCGCCCUCAGUCCUCAGGUCCCAGGCUCCUGCAGCGCCCUCAGUCCUCAGGGCCCAGGCUCCUGCAGCGCCCUCAGCCCUCAGGGCCCAAGCUCCUGCAGCACCCUCAGCCCUCAGGGCCCAGGCUCCUGCAGCGCCCUCAGCUCUCAGGGCCCUAGCUCCUGCAGCGCCCUCAGCCCUCAGGGCCCCAGGCUCCUGCAGCGCCCUCAGCCCUCAGGGCCCAGGCUCCUGCAGCGCCCUCAGCCCGCAGGGCCCCAGGCUCCUGCAGCGCCCUCAGCCCUCAGGGCCCAGGCUCCUGCAGCGCCCUCAGCCCUCAGGGCCCAGGCUCCUGCAGCGCCCUCAGCCCUCAGGGCCCAGGCUCCUGCAGCGCCCUCAGCCCUCAGGGCCCAGGCUCCUGCAGCGCCCUCAGCCCUCAGGGCCCAGACGUUGCUGCUCGCUGAACUUGAAGCAAGUUGUGCUCAUGCACCAACUUGA